CUCCGACCCCACCUCUCCAAACCCACGGCUCGUAGACAACUUCGCAAUCGCAUCACACGAUACUUAUUAGAUAGAGAAAUGGCACCAAACCUCAUUUUCGGCACCGCCACCUUCGGCAUGGAUCCCCCCUCGUUCCAAGACGCUGCAUCCGUCCGCGACCUGCUGACCACGCUGCAAUCCCUCAAUAUCAAGAGGCUAGACACAGCAGCGCGGUAUCCGCCCCUAUAUCCAGGCCAGUCGGAAAGUUUGAUCGGCGAAACCGCGGAGCUGAGCAAGGGGUUUGAAGUAGACACCAAGAUCUACACCGACACGGCAAAAGACGGAAGUGGAGAUUUGAGUAAAGAGAAUAUGGAAAAGUCCGUCACGGAGAGCUUACAAAGGCUAAAGAGAGAUGGCGGAGUAAAUGUACUCUAUGCGCAUCGCGCGGACCCGGAGACGCCGCUAGAAGAGCAGAUCCAGAACUUCAACGAGCAGAUCAAGCAAGGACAUUGCAAGGCUUGGGGCGUAUCCAACGUCCCGCCAGCAAUGCUCGAAAAAAUCCUCCAACUAUGUGAGCAAAACGGAUGGCAGAAACCAAGCUGCUACCAAGGACCCUACAACGUCAUCACGCGGGGCAUGAAAACAAAACUCCUCCCCAUCCUGCGCGCUCACGGCAUGGCAUUCAACUCUUUCCAGCCCCUAGCAGCCGGCUUCCUAACCGGCAAACUGCUCCAUAACCAGCACGCCGGAACGCGCUUCGUGGACGAUAACCCAAUCGGGAAAGUGGUUCAGAAGAUGUUCGGCUCCGAGGAGCUCCUGGUGGCGAUGAAGAAAUUCGAUGAGGGAGCGAGGCGGCAUGGGCUGACGCCCGCGGAAGUUGCAGUUAGGUGGUUGGCACACCAUUCUGCGCUGCGUGAAGAGGAUGGGAUCAUUCUGGGAGCGAGUAGGAAUGAGCAGAUUGUUGAGACGGUGGGGUUUAUUCGGAAGGGGAGGUUGGAAGAUGAAGUGGUGAGGUUGGCGGAAGAGGCGUGGGAAGGGGUGAGGGGUGUACGGGGCGAGAUAAUGUGAGAGGAGUGGAUAUGAUAAGGCUAGGCACUGAGGAUUUUCCACUUCUAGCUAAACUGACGUUUCGAUAGAUAUGCCUGGCCUGCACCGGCCCGUGUAAGUCCCACACAGUAACUACAGCUCAUGUUUGUUCGGGACGCAUCUAGUUCUUUGCUCUCCACAGCACACGUAGCUUCGCCGGAUAGCCAUCCCAAU